AUGAGUAGAGACCGUACUGGUGACAUAAAUGGACAAUAUGGUGGUGGUGGUGCAUAUCAACAAGGAGGGUAUGGGGGUGGUCAACAACAACCACAAUAUGUUGAAAUGGCUCAAAUUGGCCAAGAUGAUGUGGGCGCAUUUUUUGAUGAGGUAUCAUCAAUUUCAGAUAUGAUACGUAAAGCUCAAGCAAAUAUAAGCCAAAUAGAUGAAUUACACUCGCGUACUCUUGGUACUAUAGCUGAAGAUGAAAGGAUAAAGCGUCAACUUGAAAGUAUAACAUCGGAAACAAGAGGAAUUCUUACACAAAUAAAAGAUAGAAUUAAAAAAUUGGAAGCUUCAAAUUUGAAGCAAGCUAAAUCUGGCGACAUAGAAGUUAGAAAAGCUCAGGUGAAUUAA